ACCUACAACAGGUACGCUUAUAAUACACAUAUGAUAUACACCCCAAUUGUUUUUGCUGGAUUGUUUGUCUCCUCGAUGCAAUGCAUCACCGCCAAGAAAUAUGUCAUGUUGACAUCGUCGGCUAAGCAGGAAGCGAAACACCACAGCUGCAUGAACGGGCAUGAAUCUACCAUCGAGUAUCUGCGUAAUGCCGGUAUAGACUUACACACGAAUAUGCGAAGCCGGUAUGCACUUUGGACGGUUAAGGGCUUGGCUUCUAAUCAAACAAAGGAUUCAAAACCGCCCCUUCUCCUCCCCCACGCGCGCACAUUUGAAAUUACCGUAGUAUUUUAACCCCGAAGCUUACCUUAGGUACAAUACAUUAUGGGCCAUCAUGGUUCACGUGUUUACCUAACAACAUCAAUUAAUAUACCUGUCAAUUGAUGUUAUAUAUCUCAAGUACCUGGGCUUCCCUAAACAAUACCUAGAAGCUUCUAUCGUCAUUUGCUUGAACAAUGUCUCUUCUUAAUAUCCACAAAUUUCCUGAUUUAGCUGUUAGGUAGUAAUCGUCUAUCGACUAUCAGAUCGUAACAAUCGAUAACUCCAACUUUUGGGAAAUCCUAAAAAGGCUUCUCUCUUUUUUAAUAUAUUCCCCCACUUUCUUUUUU